ACUGCAUAACACGUCCAACAUUAAACAAGGCCUAAACUACGGACGAAGGAGGAGGAGUCAAAGCUUCAACCCUCACAUCAGUCCAAGCGAUCGGCAAGAAGGAAGCGGAGAGCUGGGCGGACGAGUGCAGAGAAGGGAGGAAAGAAGGUUAAGCUAAUGACAGCUUCCUAAGCUGCGGGUAUCCGUGCAAGUCCUGGAAAACUGAUCAAUGGCCGCCGCCGUGAACGAAUCAAGUCCUAAAAACUUGAAUCCUUGAAGACAUAAGGAGAUGUAUCUUUAAAAGGAAGACGUCGACUUAUGGGUAAUCAUUGGGUGCUGGAUAAGAGGUCAUAUGGAUCGUUGCCCCAGCACCGAGCUGCACCUCACCUGUUGCCACACUUCAUGCCCGGUGACCUGGCACUGAUUUGAAAGAAGAUUUUUUUUUUACCCAGAAGUCUUUGUAAACAAAGAGAUACGCAAGUUACUCUCUGUUAGCUAAGGGAGUUCUGGCCACGUUUUAUGGAAGAAGGAUUCAUGUUUGAUCAAUGAUAUGCUGUUGCACCUUCUCGUGCUCUUUUGAGACUCUCUCUAGUCCCAGUAUAGUAAAGUGAAGUGCUGUACCACGUUACCUUUGACCCUUCAUCUCUACCUCGGCAUUAAAGGGAAGUGUUUUAUCCAGCUUAGGUUUCCUGCACCUAAGGAACUAUAAUCUGAUUUUGUUUCUGCAAACACAGCUUCUCAAGCUUAAGAGUAAAAUUCCUUGAGACUUAUUAAUAUUGGCUACAGUGUGGAUAUCCAAUCUUGGAUGAUUUUACUCCCGAAAACAGUUUGCCAUUUGGAUUAUGUUCUCCAACUUUCGCAAAUGCACUAAAGUUAGGCUUGAAGUCGCUUGCAGUUCCUGGCAUGUUUACGUCUCUGAUGUAAGAGGAAGAGCAUCCAGCACUGCUGGGCUUCGCUUCUGAGCCCGUACUUAAGACGGUGACCCUAUGACUGAGGCAGCAUCCAUCGAUCUGUGCUUUGGAAAGAAAUGCCCUCUGACGCAGUGCUUCACAGCAACAGGAGACUGGCAGUAAUUAUGGUCCUUUCUGGCUCCCAGAGGUUUUACAUGGAUCUCUACACCCUCCCCAUGGCAACCAUCAGUUAGCUAGGCACAAGCCCGCUUUGGGGUGGGCCUUGGUGAUGUCAUCAGGAGUAUUGACCUUUGCAGCUCUGUGCACUGCUGCUCUCUGACUAGGCUUGUCUGCUGCAUUACAGAACGGAAUUCAGACCUCCCCAUCUGGCUGCAACAAGGCCUGGCCUUAACCAUUCAUGUUGUGGCUUUUGCCACGACGGGGGAACUUAUGUUUUGCUUAUUUCUUGACUUUGUGGAUCCAAGGUGAAGCCUGCUGGCUGCAGUUUUUUAUGGCAGGGAUUGUAUGGAUUGAAAGACUCAAACACUUCAAGGGAGAUCUUUGUCUUUGGCUGCUGGAGUCUUCACUGAUCUUCUUGGAGAAAAAUGCACAGGAAGCAGGAAACUUUGGAUUAACGUAAAUACACUGGGACAUUGUAGCAGGGUUUCAGUUUUGGUUGGCUAAGCAAAGGUCUAGGGGAGGCCAUUUUUUGAUUUUAUUAAUCUCUUUGUUAAUCUGGCGCUACCUUGACAUGAAAUGUAAGAGCUGCAGGUGGUUUAUAACCUGAAAGAAGAAAUUGUGCAACGCUGCAUUUUCGUGGCAUGCUAGGAAGCAAAGACGCUGUCACUGUCCUCAUUCUGGUAGUGGUAUUUUGCGAAAAUGCAACAACCGCAUGAAUUAGCCAUUCACAGAGAAGCUGGAGCAUUCGAUUGGCCUCGGAGGAGGAUCUGCUCCAUCCAGUACUGACCAGAACUGCUGCAGAAAGAUUAAGCCCCAGCAUCCUCACUAGGAGCUCCAACCCACACUUGUAGUAUCAGCCUUGUUAUGAUCUGCGCUCGCUGCUGCCCCCUGGAGCCAUGCCCAUGCCUGUGCCCAAUAUGGCAGUGAGCCCACCAAAGUCCUUCUUCUGGGAGGUAUUCCCGCCCAUGCCCACUCGCAGGGUGUACUGCACGCCCCUCUUCCAGGACGGCAGGCUCACCGUGCUGGGCGGCUGCAGUGAGACAGGCCUGCCACUGGACAGUGUCGAGGUGCUGGACAUUGGUUCACAGACCUGGAUCCAGCUGCCGCCGCUGCCCACGGCCCGAGCGGGCGCUGCCGCUGUGGCGCUGGGAACUCGAGUCUUGGUGAUGGGGGGUAUGGAUGGCCAGCAGAACCCGCUAUCUUCGGUGGAGAUCUACAACCCUGAUGAGGGCAAGUGGGAGAGAAAGACCAGCCUGGGCCAACCCUCGAUGGGCAUCAGCACUGUGGAGAAAGACGGGAAGGUGUACGCGCUGGGGGGCAUGGGUGUGGACACGACCCCCCAGGCGCUGGUGCGAGUCUACGAGCCAGCCAAAGACCAGUGGCAGCUGUUGUCCUCCAUGCCGACUCCUCGUUAUGGCACCGCCUCCUUCCUGCGCGGGAACAAGAUUUACAUGCUAGGUGGGCGGCAGGGCAAGCUGCCGGUGACAGCCUUCGAGGCCUUCGACCUGGAGAUGAGAAGCUGGACACGCUUCCCCUGCAUCCCCAGCCGGCGGGCGUUCGCAGGCUGCGCCACCACCGGCCGCAGCUUCUUCAGCCUGGGGGGCCUGCAGCAGCCCGGGCCGCACAACUUCUACUCGCGGCCGCACUUCGUCAGCACCAUGGAGGAGUACGACUCCGAGAUGGGGAUCUGGAUCAAAUCCACGCGGGCAUCUCGAAUGAAGGAGAAGCGGGCCGAUUUUGUGGCUGGGUUCCUUGGAGGGAGGAUAAUUGCAGCAGGCGGCCUGGGUAACCAGCCAUCCCCUCUGGCCUCCGUGGAGAGCUACAAUCCCAUGAAGAAGCGCUGGGAGUUUGUGGCCCCUCUGCCCAGCCCCCGCUGCUCCUGCGCCAGCCUGCAGACGCCCCACAUGCUCUUCCUCAUCGGGGGUGUGGCCCAGGGCCCCAGCAAUGCCGUGGAGGCACUCUGCAUGAGGGAGAGUGUGUGAGGAACAGCGUGCUUGGGGAGAGGAGGAGGCAUGUGAGACACCCACAGGUCCUGGCUGAAAUCUCCCAGCAGCCCCUCUCCCUGCUGCAGUCUAAACGCCUCAAGGUGAAGACAACCAGCACCGAACAGCUUUCUUGCCUGAACUUUUUUUAGAUGGCUCCUCAGCAUGAGGCUAACGCGCUUUCCUGCUGUAUGCAAAGAGGCUUCUACGCUCCAGAUGUUUCAGACAGGAAAACAGGCAAAAAAAAUGUAACAAUCAUCAGAUUUAAAACUUGAUUUGAUUAUACAAUCAAAGCAGGGUACUCAUAUUAAAUAUGGAACACAGGGCCAUAGAUGCGAAGUCGGUGCAGCCUCGGGCAGCGCUGGCACGCUUAGCACUUUUUUUUUUACUUUCCGAAAAAAGGUGAUGCAGGGGGGUUUUUUCUCUGUGAAGACGCAUUUCUGAAUGUGGCAGAGAUUUGCCUAGAUGACAAUGACUACAGGUUCACUGUCUCCCAGGGAAAUAAAGGGGAUCGGGGCAUGGAGGGGGUUGGUGAUAUCAGUCAGAGUCUGUGAGUGCUAUGACCCAAGGACCCCGGAUGACCACCUGUCUCUGCAGUGGGAUUUUCUCCGUGCCUGUCAGCGCCAGGGAGACCACGUGUGGUGGAGAACCUCGAAGGUGGCUGGGGCUUAGGGCUGCAGCCACCUUGAUGCAGUGCACUGCCGGCCUGUCGUAUCCACACUCCUUCCUGCCAGAGCACCCGUUACACCUUGCCUGAGGUCAGGCUGAAGGCUGCAGGAAGUGGUGUCUGUACUUGCAUCAUUUUUCCGUUUUUAAUCGCCCAUUCUUUCCAUAUUUGAGUAGCAUCUGCUUUAUGGCGUGGAGGAGGGACAGUACCAGAGCCUCUUUUCCCUCUUCGGCCCCAUUUCAUAUCUCCUCAUGACCCCAUCUUUCAUAUCAUGGCCCCAUGGCCAUCCUGGCACUGGUUUUAUCAUGAAAAAAUAAACUCCAUCUGCAAAUUAGCAAGGUUGAGUGGAGGAAGCAGGAGAUGGCAUUAAACUGAGGUCAAUGGCGUGUUCUCUGAGGACUUUCGUCAUGUGAUUGGAGGAGCCUGCUUUUAGAUCAGAGAAUCAAACACCCAGCUGACAGCAGCUAAUGGUGUCCAUUUCCCUGGGUGCUUUGUUGUGGCAUCUUCAUACGUGGGUCAGGGGGGAAAUCUUUUGCUGUCUGACAGCAUACUCCAGGGAACUGAGUGAUUAGCGAGCUUUCACAGUCUACGUACCGCAGGACAAUUUGGUGACCAAACUGUCACAUGUGUACAGAGUUCAGUCUGUAUUAAACACACACCUCACUUCCUUUCCCCAGUCAACUGACAUCUUAUAGGUCACAUAGGAUCAGUGGGACUUUUGAAGGAUCUCCUGUCCCUUCACUAAUUGCCUGCCCCUUUUCUUUCGCAAGCAGCCCUGUAAUCACACGGUCCCCUGCUGGAUGGCUAAAUUGCCUGCUAUCCACAGGGGAGGGGAGCACAGUUCUGAAGCGAUUAAAUCAUGUGGUGGGGGGUGGGUGGCUCAGGAUUUUACAGUUCCACUGUUAUCGAGACCUUGAAUGCUUUAGCAUAUGCCACCCCUGAUAUCUAUGCAUUCACAGCUUCCAGGCGUCCUAGCUGCGGACAUGCGGAUGAUUGUAGCCCAAGCAGCUGGUAGGGCGUAUUGCUGCGGCCGAAAUUGAUUAGCGUUGGCACUGUUCCCACACUGCGACAAAGUCGCACGUCGGUGCAAGCCCUUACACAUCAGAGACACCACUCACAUCCUCUGUUUUUGCCCCAUAGAAUUUGAUUUGUGGAUGUUGCUAUGGUUUCCAGGGGGAAAGAUUUUUGUAAAUCUCCUAGGGAGUGCCGUUUGAUAGAUAGUCAAGCGCCAGUAUAUAAACAUUAACCACAUGACUGACAUCUCUGCCAGGCAAAAAAAAAAAAAAAAGUGGCGAGAGCAGCAGAAAUUUCUUUCCAAUCAGGGUGAAAUCAACUUCUGCUUAAAUGGAAUACAAUUAUUCUGAAGCCUUGGUGUGUGGCGUAAUUACGCAGUUACUAAGCACCUGUGCCUGCAUCAGGCUGCAUCUUAACACACAUUCUGCCCUCAGGUGUGCCAGAGAGGCGUGAAUUUGGUGCAGACUAAAAAAAGGGGGGGGGGGGGCACUUGUGAUGGGGACCAGGAGCACAGGAUCACGUUUCUCCUUCCCAUCAUUCACCCUUUCAUUCAGAUUGUUUCUUUUUUUUUAUCUUCCAGCUUCAGUACUCAUCCUUUGUAUGUCCGCUCUGUUUCAGAGAGGUGCACUGCAGACAGGACAUCCCAUAAUUCCAUUGGUCAGUCAUAGAGGUUUAAAAAUAAGUAUCACUUCUUUGUGGCCCUGCUAUACAGUGCGGUAAUUUCAUACACGCAAUUUUCUCAGCUUCGGUUUUUUUGAGCAUUUUAAGUUUUUUCUUUUUAAGACUUUAUUUUACCGAUUUUACUGAUUUUAUCUGUACCGUUUGUACUGUAACCAUACAUAGUGCUGGUACAAAUGGUGAGUUAUGGUCAGUGAAGUAAGUAGCAGUUGUGUUAAUAUUACUUAAUUCUGUCCUUGAUAUUAUGAUCACAGGUAUUGCUACUGGGUAUGUAUAUUAACGGUUUGUUUGACGUUUUAUUUCAAUGUAUAGAGUGCAGCCAUUGUUAGUUACUUGAAGGUCCGUGUUAUUAAUUUGUGUGUAUUGUACAGCCAAGACCAGAUCUGUUGUUUUCCUCUGUUCUAUGCUGUGAUAUCAAGUCAGUGUUUACCACAGAUCUUGUAGCAGAUGGUUGCUGGACGUUAAAAAAAAAAAAAAAAAAAGCCGUGAAAUUUGACACUUGAAAUCGGAGUGUUGUGCCUCUUGCUUUGAGAGGGUUCAUGUUUCUCAAACUCUCCAGGCCGACGUGAGCUAACGAGCCAUGAUUAACCCACUUACAUGUUUCUCUAACAACCACUUUCCACCCGUCACAAUACGCAAUCAGUAUAAAUCAAGGAAUGUGAGAACUCCAGGUGAUUAGUGCCUAAUUGUUGCCCAACGAGCAUUUGCGCAAAGGUUAAACUGAUUCAAGGUCAGUGCUUUGGGGUGGAGAGCACUGAACAUGCCGUACAUGCUACUUUUUAUUCAGAUGAGCAGUGAAAGCUGAUCCUGCGUUUUCCCUCCACCUCUACGUGAGACGACCUCCUUUUGCCUCAGUGACCAUGUGGCACCUUGAGUCCUUCUGUGAAGUCUACAGCCCUCUUGUCUGAAGCUCAAAGGCAGAUAAGAGUGGCAGGUGGCAAGAGCAGAACCCCGAUGCGUGUGAAUCUGAGCCUUCUUGCUAGGACAGAUGUGUAUGUUACACAAAGUGACAGUGACUUUGGUGCAGUAGUUCAGUGCCUAUAUCCGUGAGGUGGUGCCUCUACUAUGAAUUACACAAUAAACCAAUUUAUUUGCUGUCUGA